GAAGCGCCAGCAUCAGCAUCUUCGAGCUGGGAUUGCCGAAAAAUGGAGAAACGUUGCAAACAUUGGCUGCCCAAGAAGAACAGAUUUUGUGCAAAUACUCCUUUCAAUGAUUCUCCAUUUUGCGGGAAUCAUAGCAGUAGGUCCAAUGGAAAGUGGAUUCCUUGCUCAAUCGACCCUUCUCAUUGUGUGCUUGAAGAAAAUAUGGAGGGACACCUUAAGAAAUGCCCAUUAUUGAAACAAUCACAGACUUUAUCACUCCAACCUUAUUACCAAAAGGGAAUUAAUCAACAACAACAAGAUGCUGACUUUACUUCUGAGAUGAAGAGAAAUUGGGUUUACAAUUUGAGUAUUCCUCAAUUUUCUGAAUUACUCUCCAAGAUCCGCUCUCUUCAUACUUUAAUUUGCAAGGAUAUAAAGUUUUCUUAUAGGAUACCUCAUGCCUGUGAUGUCUGGAUUAAGAGACAGAAUGACAGAAAAUUACCAUACCAAGAGAAGCAUGUCCGCCAACAGGCGUCCAUUCUUGGCAACUUGGAGGAUUUUGGGGUUUUGUCCGAGCAGCACUGUCAAUCUGAUCUCUCUGCUGUUGUUGAGUUUGGAGCUGGCAGGGGUUACUUAACCCAGAUAUUAGCUGAUUCUUAUGGGAUCAAUAAGGUAUUUUUGGUUGAGCGUAAGGCAUACAAGCUCAAGGCUGAUCGAAGUCUACGACAGAUAGACAACUUAGCACUGGAGCGUUUGAGAAUUGACAUUGAAGAUUUAAAUCUGAACGCUGUUGAGUCUUUGAAGGGAAUACCUUACUUGGCGAUUGGUAAACAUCUAUGUGGACCUGCUACAGAUUUGACCCUCAGAUGUUGUCUUGGAGAACAUCCCAAUCAAGAUAAUGGGAAAGAGCAAUCUGUACGUCCUCACCUUAGAAGCAUUGCUGUGGCAACCUGUUGCCACCAUCUAUGCCAAUGGAAACAUUACACAAAUAAACAAUACCUAAAUAAUUUAGGAAUCACUAAAGAACAUUUCCAUGCUAUCACAUGGUUUACCAGUUGGGCAGUUGAUGCUGACCAUGGAUCAGAUGUUUCUGAUGAUGGCUCUUUGCAAUCUCCAGUGCCACCAAGUGAUAAUGAUGAGUAUGGUGGAGAUGCUAGCGGAGUUGAAGAUUAUACAAGGAACAUGAAAGCAAUGGAUAGAGCGGCAUUGGGGUUCAUGUGCAAGGAUAUCAUUGACAUGGGGAGGUUAAUGUGGAUUAAGGAACGUGGACUGGAAGCUAAACUUGUCAAGUAUGUCCCAUCAGAUAUUUCCCCUGAAAAUCGUUUACUCAUUGCAAAGGUAGAAGUGCCAACUACAAAUUAACCCUACACCACUGAACUAAGAUGGAGGGCUUGCAGAAUACCAAUUUGAAGAAAUGCAGAAUCAUGACUUCGCUAGGUUGGUGUAGUGAAUUAGUGAUUAACGCAUAGUAAUAGGCCAAAAUAGUGAAGCCAUGGCACAACAAAAUCGUGAUUUUGAAGAAGCAUGAUAUCUUUUUAAGUUUUGAACUAGGCCAAGAUAGUAAAAUUGCUGAUAUGUCAAGUGAAACUGGAUGAUGCAAGUUUUGUUGUUCAAUCAUGGUUGUUCACAUACCAUGUUUACAAAUUUGAUAUCUAUAAGAAAGUAGAUUCUCUCCUAAACCAAAUGAUAAGAUCAGCAACUAAUAUCAUAAUUGACUGCAAACAAGUUCAGAUACAUUCCUUUAUGCUGAAGUGUUUUGGGUUUUUUUUUUUUUUUUUUUUUUUUUUUUUUUUUUUUUUUUUGUAUAAAGGUGGCUGCUUUAGUUGAAUUUGACCGGACAGCAGAUUAUAAUUGUUGAGAAGAUAGUUUGAUUGUUUCUUAAAACGAAAUACGAAGUAUACAAAAUACUUUAUGAAAAUACUCCAAUAAUAAUACGUAGUAAUACUAAAUCCCAUAUGGACAUGUAUAACCACAAAUUAAAUAGCAUUA